ACAACUGUCCUACCACCUGUAAUCCAAACCAAGCAUGCAGGUCGUUGUCUGUUUACACGUAUGCUCAGAGUUUGCACACCCACAAUAUUUUAAGCUUCCUCUUUCUGCUUUCAUGUCUAUUGCCAGAGCUUAGCCAUUGGAGUCCACAAGUACUGAAAUUGCAAUCUGAGGGAGAAUUUCUUCUGGGUUUUGGAGUUUUUGAGUUGAAGAGUUAAAGGGCAAAAAGAAAAGAGAAGGACAUGGCAACUGUAGGCAGGAACCUAGCAGCUCCACUGCUGUUUCUUAACUUGAUCAUGUAUGCUAUUACGUUAGGCUUUGCUAGUUGGUGUCUUAAUAGGUAUAUCAACGGCCAAACCUACCAUCCGAGUUUUGGUGGUAAUGGAGCAACAUCUUUCUUCCUCACCUUUGCCAUAUUAGCUUCUGUUGUUGGCAUAGUAUCAAAGUUCGCAGGUGGCACCCACAUCAGAGCUUGGAGGAAUGAAAGUCUAGGUGCUGCUGGUGCAACUUCAUUGAUGGCCUGGGCCGUCACUGUCCUAGCUUUUGGGUUGGCGUGUAAGCAAAUAAACCUAGGAGGGCACAGAGGUUGGAGACUAAGGGUGGUGGAAGCAUUUAUAAUAAUCUUGACAUUCACCCAACUCUUGUAUCUACUGUUGCUUCAUGCUGGAUUGUUUAGCAGCAGGUAUGGCCCUGGCUACCGGGACCGUGAUUACGGUGUGACCACCGCUGGAGAACCGGUGCACAAGGGUGGUGUUACGGCAGCUGAGCCUAGAGUUUGAAGUGUUUGAAACACGUUAUAGGUACCCGUAUAAAUACUUGAUAUAAACGUUUUCAGCCCUUUGUUUGGGACUAUUAGACUUGUAUUUGGAAUUUUUUUUUUUUUUUGGGAUUUUUAGGUACAAAGUUGUGUUCAACAUAUUGUAAAUAUGUGUCUGUCGGCUUAUUGUUUACUUGAAUG